CUUCUUAACGAUCUGUUCUAUUUACGCACAGUUUCUAUUGAAUGACAACGGACUCUUAUGAACACUCUUUUAAAAAAUCUGCUUCUACCGCAGGCUGUCAUCGCAACCUGAUGUCUGUCACAAGUGGGGGUGGGUUUUGAGGUCGUAGAAGGCAACUCCUCCAGGUUGUCAAACGGUUUAUCCCUGGACUUGGGGCUCAAUACAGCAUUACUUACCAUUGACUUCAUUUUAGCUUAAGUGCCCCUUGAUUCUGGCCAUAAUACUGUUACACCAAGUUCAACCAGCCGCGACAGAUGGUCGACCGGGCUGCUACGGCACAACCGUCAUGCUGAUCAUCAUGGCAAAGCCAAAACAUAUGUGCAGAAGACUAUGACUGAGCCGAUGGCGAAUCUUAAUUCAUCUAUUUUCCAUCAAACCAUACGGCACAGCAGCAGCUAGAGUAGCACUUGGCCACAUCGCCAACUUUAGGUCGCCGAACCUAAGAACAAGAUGGGAGCCUUGAUCAACAGGCUUAAAGUGCCUAGUCAUGAGCCCAGCACCAACAAUCGCUCCAUUGUCCUGGGCUGGAGGCAAUACCACAUGAACACCCGCAUCAAGAUCAUGGGCCAUAUUCUGGGGCUUCGUUUGGCCAUGAAAUUACAUCCACCACCAAAGAAAAGUCUCCGGUAA